AUGACGGCAAUAAACGAAAGCCAAGUCAAAAUCCUCGAACAGACCCGCCAACGACUUCUACAGUUGACACAUUCCCUGGACUCGCUCACGGGCAGUUUACACCACAGCGAUCCUCUGCCUUCAUGGUCCUCCCUCCAAUCCCAAGCAAGUAUCAUUUCAAACAACCUCGUCAACAUCUGCUCCCAACUCGCCGAACACCAAGAACUUCUAUCGUCUCUAGUCGCGUACCCUGCACCUUCGUUUCCCGGAAAUACGCAACAGGGUGUUCUUGAGCAGUUACUACGUACGAAACUUGAUCCUAGAGUCGAAGAUUGGGUUACGCGCGGCCGGAUCGCAGGCACGGAAGCAAGCAGUGGUGAUGCAGGACUCAGUGAAAGCGAUCUAGCAGAACUAUGGUCCUGGGCACCCAUCGAAGCCAACGCCGAGGCUCGACGACGAAACUGGGGUGGGAAUUAUACUCUCGAAGAAAAAGAGAUGGGUAUUCAGAAUGUUGUUACUGGCCUUAAACGAACGCUGCCGGAUGACGAUGAUGACGAGGACGAGGAUGAGGACGAAGAUGAAGAUGAGGAGUUUGAGGAUGUAGAUGAAGGAGGAGAGAAGAUGGAUAUUGUGGGUGUGCAUACGAGACCGGGGGCUAGUGGCGUGGAGUUUGAUAUUGCGAGGAGCAGAGACCAUGUGCUGAGUGCUGCAGCUUCGCCUGCGAUUCCACUGGAUGAGGUUUUUAGGUAUAUGAUGACGGGGGCGAAGCCGAAGUCCGGUGCUUGA